UGCCAGGGCCCCUUUGGUUUUCAAUCAUGGGAUGGCGAGAUGUGUUUCUGCUGUCUCCAGUAACCUCACCUCCUUGAAUCGACGGAAACACCACCACCGCUGUGUGCUACCCCAGAUUAUUCGCCAUCAUGGCACAGCAAGAGAACACCAGCAGAUGCUCUCCGGUCGAACCAUCCCAGCCUCGGUUUCCCGAAAACACCCGAGACAUUCCGGGACCGACACGCCCAAGUGAGAUCACUGAACACGCACGCAUAAGACGCAAUACCGCCUGUGUGCGGUGCCGGGAUGCCAAAGUGCGCUGUAAUGCCAGCUCUGCCUCGGGCCAGCCAUGUCUACGAUGCUCCAAGCUCGAGCUCCAAUGCGUGGUGGAUAAAAGUCAUAAGCGGACGUCGAGGAGGAGUAAACUGGAAGAACUGGCUGCUGAAGUGCAGAAUAUCAAGGACGCCGUGGUAGCUCCUCGCCCAAUUCUUGAUCUUCACCAGCAUCACCAACCCUCCCAUCUCCACCUACGAGCCCAGUCUAUUUCCACCGAGCCCAGUUAUAUACCGUCUCUGUCAACCACCAGUAUCAGUGCCAGUAACGCCAGUAGCAGCACCGUCUUCGGCCGGCCCAGGCUCUGCUCAGCCUCUAGCGAAAAUGCUGUUGUACCACCACCACUUACACCAGCAGGUAGCAAUGUCCCGUCGACAACUUGCCACGCUCAGCACCCUGCCGAGCCAAGGGCACUCGGGUCUCGAGUCUUUUCAGGGGAAGACAUAGACUACUACUUUGAAAAGUACUUUGAGCACUUCCACCCCUACCUCCCAAUAGUUCGCACCAAAGACCCAAAUGCAUGCUACCGACGAGGGCAGGUCCUCUUUUGGGCCAUCAUCAUGACCGCUUGCCGCCGGUUCUCCCGGGACGACACCGCCUUUCAGUUUCUGAUCGACUCCCUACUGCCACAAAUAUGGAGCGCCAUCUCACAACCGCCACUAGAUCUAUCAGUCAUCAACGCUGUCUUGCUACUGGCAACAUGGCCCUUUCCCACAAUCAGGUUUUUGUCUGAUCCAUCAAUGAUCUUUGCAGGGAUAGCCAUGAACUCGUCCUUCUUGAUGGGGCUUCAUACCGGCAGGGGAACCCAUUCGGAGUUCAAGCAUGCCACCGAGGUGAAUGACACGACAGACGAAGAGGCUACUUUUACUUGGGCGGGAUGUGCCAUCAUCUCUCAUCGGGUGUCGGCAUACAUGGGCUGCCCAUCAGCUAGUUCAUUGUUUAACAAGACAGUUGACCAGUUGCUCGAUCGCAGCAGUCAGUUUCCACUACCCAGGUAUUUUUACCUGCAUUUGGAAACAGCGCGGUUUGCGAACCGGGUGAGCAGGACCAUGUGUGCUUCGCUGGAGGAAGCUCAGGGGGUGAGCCAUCACUUGGUGGCGUACAUGGAGGAGGAGUACACCAAGGUUCAGAGGCUGUUGUAUCCAGACAACUCAGACCUCGACCAUUUCACCCUUUUGUCUACCCUCCUCGAGAUCCAAACUUAUUACUUCAUGCCUUUGCCCGGCUACAGCCCCGAGCUCCUCAAAAGGAACCUCAUCAAAUGCUACACCACGGCCGAAUCCCUUAUCCACCAAGCGGCCUCAAGACUACACCGGGAAACAGCCUUUCUGCACUACGCUCCUCACUUUGUGUUUCGGACUCUUUUGUCGGCGAUCUGCGUGGUAAUGAGGGUUCAUUUGGCUUCUUAUACCAAGGGGUUUCAGGCAGACACUGUUGACGCGCUGAUCAAGGAAGCGAUUAGAGCGCUGAGGAUAUGUUCUGUGCAAGAAGGGGACUUGCAUGUGAGAUGUGCGAGCAUGCUGGAAAAUUACUGGGAGAUGAGAAAAAGGUCGAAUCACUGGUGUAGGACGGGGGUGAGCGUGUAUACACAUCGUCUGGGGGCGAGCUUGACGUUUGAUUGCUUGAGGAGGUGGAAGAGGGAUGUGGAGGAUGCGAGGGAUAAUGGGAGGGGGGUGAUUGGGCCUGGGGGGACGGAAGGGGGUGAGGAUGGGGGGGAGAAGGUGGAAAAUAACAAUGUGAAUGUGGGAGGGGUUGAGAGGGUUGAUGAAGGACCGAGACCGACGGCAAAUGCGGAUUUGGGACUGGCGGAUCCGUUUCAACGGUUUGACUGGAGUGUGUUUAUGGAUGAUUUUGAUUGGAGCUUCACGAAUACGUCUACUUCGCCAGCGUUUAUGGGGCCUAUGGGACCGACUUGAGGAGGGGGUUUGUUGGUAUAAUAAUAUACAUGAUCGUGUUCUUUGCUAGGACUCGAGAUGCCUGCUCCGUUCCUGCUCGCUCAUCAUCGUUGCAGCUUGUUGUUGUUGUGUGAUGGUGGUGAUGGCUCAACGAUGGGUAUGAACAUAUUGGGAAAUAGUCACAAGACAACAGUAGACGAGAAGUCAGUCGGCGAGAAGGAAGUCGUAAUAAAAAUGUAAAGUGGUUACAAAAAGAAAGAGACGUGGAAACGGGCUAUUGUUUACUUUUGCGGAAAAAAAUCUACAAAAAAGUCAAAAGACUUUGACGCCAUGUGAUUGGUUCGAA